UGUUUGAAAAGAGCUCGGCUGCAUGUCGUCAUCAAAUCGCGCACCUUCCAGUUGUAGCACGCAUGUGCAAGAUACAAAUCUAACAUCAUUGCUGUGCGACGACGUCUACAGAAAUGGCGAGCGGUAAAAAGACUGGUCUACUCUCAUCUUUGGCGGCUUAUGACACCGACUCAGAAGAGGACGAAACAGAGUCCCACGGCGGUCUAGUCUCCGCUAGCUAUGGCGAGGAUGACAUCAGCCGAAUAGAAGAUGGAGACGAGAGGGUAUCAGGAAUCGAGGAGAGCGAGGACAGUUCCAGAAAUUCGGAAGAGGAGGAGUCGGACACAGGGGGCGAUGCAGAUGACAGUAAGGAAAUCAUAGAGGUGGAGAAGAGAGACCCCAAUGAACUCGUAGCCCUGUUUUCUGAGAAGGUGCGGAACAUGUCCCCCGAUGACAUCAGAAUCCCCCCUGAGCCACAAGGACGCUGCUCCAGCCAGCUACAGGAGAAGAUCCUAAAGUUGUAUGAACGUAAACAACAUGGGGCCUUUGACACCAACAGCCACAUCCAGAAGAAGAAAGAGUUCCGGAACCCAAGUAUUUAUGAGAAACUGAUCCAGUUCUGUAGCAUCGAUGAACUUGGAACCAAUUAUCCAAAGGACAUGUUUGAUCCCCAUGGCUGGACUGAGGACUCUUAUUAUGAAGCACUGGCCAAAGCUCAGAAGGUUGAGAUGGACAAGCUGGAAAAGGCCAAGAAGGAUCGGACCAAGGUUAGGCCCCUGCCUCCCCUUCAUCCCUUCCCGAUCUUAAAGUUGGAUCAGAACUGCCCGAUUGAGUUUGUGACGGGCACCAAGAAAGGAAACGCCGCCAAUGCUGCGUCCGCCACAACCAACACAACUACGACAACAGCAACAGCUGAGGCCCAGAAGCGGAAGAGUAAGUGGGACUCGGCGGUGCCCGUCACGCUGGCCCAACCCGCUCUCCUCACCACCACUGCCACGCUUCCUGGCGUUGUCUCGGUAACCACCACUGCCAGCGGCACCAAGACCACAGUCAUCUCCGCCGUGGGCACCAUCCUCAAGAAGGCCAAACAGUGAUCGCCAUGCCAACCAGGGACCCAAUGAACAUCAGGGAGGGAG